AUUCAAAUAUGGAUUAUCAAAGUAACUCUAAGUUACGAUUAAACAAUUUAACUCAAAGCAAAUAUACGUAGUAAUAGGGAAUCAAAGUAUCAAACCCCAACAUAAUGCAUUCCCAUUGGCUUUACAAAUUUUCAUAAACAAAAAAAAUGAUUUUGUUUGUGGGAAAAGAUAUCGGGAAUUGGCUCAAUGAUGACGCAAUUGAUGGAGCUUCGUCAUCACCAUUCACCACAAGUUAUUAUUUAUUUAUCUAUAAAUCUUCAAAAUUGUAGAAAAAGAAAGAAUAUAUAAUCAUACUACGUACGAGUAUAAUUUUUCCAAAAAUCUCUUUACCCAGCUUUCUCAAAUUUCCUCUUACUAGACAGCGUCGGCCGGGAAUGGACAAACCGGAGAGUCCACGUGUAUGCCGGAAAAGAGUAGUUGCAGAGCUUAUGAAAGGCAAGGCGUCUGCGGCUGAGCUCCAAGCCGUACUGCGCCAUAAUCGGCUCGGAGAUGACGGGUUCAACAAUUUCGCCCAGCUUACGCUCGAAAUCGGCAGAUCUUUCACUCAAGCCAUCUUUGACCUCACCUCCUACGGCGUCGCUCCUCGGGUUUACCCGGUCGCCGCCGGUUCGGCGAACUCCGGCAACCCAAUUCAAGAGUGCUCCGAUCAGCAAAAUUACAACUCUAAGAAGACCCGGACAGGGCGUUACAACAAAAGAAAUUCUGAGGAGACUUGGACCAACAUAUCCAAAACAAUGGAAGAUGGUGGCGCAUGGAGGAAAUAUGGCCAGAAGAUCAUACUUAAAUCAGAAUACCCCAGGUGCUACUUUAGGUGCACCCACAAGUAUGUGGCAGGAUGCAGAGCAACAAAACAAGUCCAAAGAACCCAGGAUGGAAUGUACCAGUCCACGUACUACAGCCGCCACACUUGCAAUAACAACGACGGCAAUAAUGAUAUUAUUACUACGGAUCAUAAUCAGCGCCGCCGCCGCCGUCAAAAGGUUACUCAUAAUGUCCCAUGCAUGGAAGUCCACGACAGGGCUACUAAGGAUCCAAAUCAUCAUCAUCAGCAAGAACUCAUCACUCUGGUGAAGAAAGAUGAAGAAACAUCACAGAGUGAGAUAUCUGGAGAGAGCGGAUCACCUGGAGAUCAUCAUCAUCAUCAUCAUCAUGUUAGCUACUCUAAUGAUGAGAACCUGGAUGAAGAUGACUCUAACGGUAUAUGGAAAGAUCUUAUGGUUUCGACCAGCGGUAAUAUUUUCUACAAUAAUACUGCUACACGCUGCUCUUCAAUGGGAGGAAUAUUCAGUUAUGAUCUUGACAUGGAGAGUGUUGCCGGUCUGGAUCCCAUAUUCCCGGUUGAUAGUGAUAUAUAAUUGUUAAGAAUUCUCGGAGUAAAAUUGUUUUGGAAUUUCAAAACAGAAUUGUAAUGUUUAAUUAUCUUCACGAAAUAGAAGUAACAUGACAAUAUUUACUGUCUUUUCAGAAUUAUUACUACCAAAAUAAUUGCAGUACUAGGCAUUAAAUGACAAUGCAUAUUUACUGCCAUCAAUGACAGUUUUUUUAAUCAUGCAUGGCAGUACGUAAUGACUUCUAUUUCGAGAAACAAAACAUAAUAAUC